AUGGUGAAAAAUUACUCGAAUCGAUCGACCAGGAAUUCAAUCGCGUUUUCGAUCAAGAGAAGAUGUCUGAAAUACACAAGGCUUCCUAGGCAGCUUCUCAGGCUUACUGUCCUGAAAUUGGAUGGAUCUUCUUUCAGUGUUAAUGUGGGGAGAAAUGUUACAGUGGGUGAUCUUAGAUUAUCCAUUCAGGAAGAGUUUAAAAAUUCAUUGAAGGAGGGUGAAGAACACUUGUGGGCAGUUGUGUGGAGUCACUUCUGUUUAUGUUACAAAGGCGAAAAGCUUCUCGAUGAGAAAGCCGGGAUUCGAAAGUAUUCGAUCAAAGACGGGGAUCAGCUUCACUUUGUCCGGCAUUUGAGCGCUCCACCGGAGAUGAGCCGAGCAACGACGAUUAUAUAAUCGGCGCAUAUGAAAAUUAACAUUGUUUUGGCUUAGGACUCUCAAUUUUUUUUGUUAUUACACUGAAAUUCGCAGCCGCUAGUCUUUAAGCAUGCGUUUGAUAAUAUUUUGACCUGACGAUAAUAUAAUAUGCAAUUACGCGGCAACUCUCUGUAAAUUCAAGGAUGUUUUGUUUGAACAAUUUUUCCAAAAUUCU